AUGGAUGAGGAAAUUGAAACUGACAACGAGGAUGAUGAUGACAAUGCUUUGAUGUUCGACAUGUUAAAUGAUGUUCAAGGGCGUACAAAUAUGGAGAUGGACGAUGAGGAGGCAAGGAAUGACAACAAUACUCAUGCUAACAAAUAUGAUUAUUUGUUUGAUGAAGCCCAACGAGAAUUGUACCCGGGUUGUACAAAGUUCUCUGCAUUAUCUUUUAUUUUAAAGUUAAUGCAUGUCAAGGUACUUGGUCGUUGGAGCAAUAAAAGUUUUAAUAUUUUGCUCAAAAUGUUAAAAGACUCGCAUCCAGAAGGUGCAUCUAUACCAGCAUCACAUUAUGAAGCUAAAAAAAUGUUGCGAGAAUUAGGUUUAGGGUAUGAAUCCAUACAUGCAUGCAAAAAUGAUUGUGCAUUGUUUUGGAAAGAGAAUGAGAAACUUGAUAAAUGUCCUGAAUGUAAUGAGCCAAGAUACAAGUCUAAUGAUGGAAAACGCAAGAAAGUUCCACAAAAAGUAUUGCGCUAUUUUCCAUUGAAGCCGAGACUGAAGAGGUUAUUUAUGUCGAGACAUACGGCGACUGAUAUGAAAUGGCAUAAACGAAAAAGACAGAAUGAAGAGGGUUUUCUUCGGCAUCCAGCUGAUUCUGAAGAAUGGAAGAAGUUUGAUGAAGAGUAUCCUGAUUUUGCUGCAGAUUGUCGAAAUGUUAGGUUGGGGCUUGCUACAGAUGGUUUUAAUCCAUUUGGAAACAUGAGCACUAGUUAUAGUAUGUGGCCAGUUAUGCUAGUGCCAUAUAAUUUGCCACCUUGGAAGUGCAUGAAGGGAAUGUUUUCUAUGAUGUCAUUGCUUAUACCUAGUCCUCGAGCACCUGGAAAAGAUAUUGAUGUAUAUCUUCGUCCAUUAAUAGAUGAGUUGAAAGAAUUGUGGGAGGUUGGGGUUGAAACUUUUGAUGUUUCUGUUGGGAAAAUUUUUAAUAUGCGAGCAUGUGUGUUGUGGACUAUAAAUGACUUUCCUGCUUAUGGAAAUUUAUCUGGAUGGAGUACUAAGGGGUAUAAAGCCUGUCCUAUUUGUAACAAAGAUAUAACUUCAGAGGGGUUAAGAGGAAAAAUAUGUUACAUGGGUCAUCGAAGAUUUUUGUCUCUUGAUCAUGAGUGGAGAAGGAGUAAAGAUUUUAACGGUUUAGCUGAAAAUCGUCCUCCUCCUAGAUUUUUUUCUGGGGAUGAUAUAUUAAUGCAAUUAGAUCGUGUUUACAAAGCUAAACCUGGUAAACAUCCUGACAAUCCAGAUCUAAAACGGCAGCGUGGGCCUCAUGAGCUAAAUUGGACCAAAAAGAGUAUUCUUUUUGAGUUAGAGUACUGGUCAAAGCUUAGGUUGAGACAUAAUAUUGAUGUGAUGCAUGUUGAAAAAAAUAUAUGUGAUAGUGUCAUUGGAACUUUGUUGGAUAUUGAUGGAAAAACAAAAGACACAAAAAAGGCUCGUUUAGACUUGGCAGAUAGGAAGAUAAGGAAGGGAUUGCAUCUCAAACGUCAAGGUAAUAAAUUAAAGAAGCCCCAUGCCAGAUAUGUGCUGAAAUUGGAAUAUCGUAGACUUUUCUGUAAGUUUCUUAAAUUUGUCAAAUAUCCUGAUGGGUAUGCUGCCAACAUCUGUAGAAAUGUGAACAUUGUCGAUGGAAAGAUACAUGGACUAAAAAGUCAUGAUUGCCAUGUUUUACUUCAACGUCUCAUCCCUGUUGGUAUUCGUUCGUAUUUGGACAAGGAUGUGUGCACUGCACUUGUUGAGCUGUGCAUUUUCUUCCAACAAUUAUGUGCGAAAACUUUAAAAGUAUCCGACUUGGAAAGAAUGGAGAAAGAGAUAGUUUUGAUACUGUGCAAAUUAGAGAGAAUUUUUCCACCGGCCUUUUUUGAUGUAAUGGUUCACUUGGCAGUUCAUUUACCUCGUGAAGCUAUGCUUGGAGGUCCUGUUACCUUUCGGUGGAUGUAUCCUAUUGAGAGGAAUUUGGGAACAUAUAAAAAGUAUGUUACAAAUAAAGCUCGACCUGAAGGUUCUAUUGCAGAAGCAUAUAUUGUUAAUGAAGCAGUUACAUUCUGUUCUAUGUAUUUUCGUGAGAUUGAAACCCGUUUCAAUCAAGCAGAACGGAAUGUUGAUGUAGAACAUGACCAAGUAGACAGUGAUUUAUCGGUGUUCUCUCAAAAAGUUCGUCCAUUUAGUGGAAAAGAAUAUAUAUUACUGGACCGGAAGGAAGUGGAUAAAGCUCAUUGGUAUGUGCUAUACAACUGUGAGGAGGUGCAACCUUAUCUCAAGGAACAUGAAGAUGAGUUGAGGCAAAUAAGUAAUGCCAACCUAUAUAAAAGACAAGAAGAAGAGUUUCCUACUUGGUUUGAGAAACGAAUAACUAACAUGAGAGAAAGUGGAUUGGUGGAUGCAACUGAUAAGCUUUAUUCUCUGGCUUGUAAACCGGAUUUACGUGUUCAUACAUACACUGGUUGUAUUGUUGAUGGAGUUCGAUUUCAUACAAAAGAUCUUGACGAUCAUCGAACCACACAAAAUAGUGGGGUAUAUGUUUCUGGAGUUUUCACUGGUGGAAGUCAUGAUUAUUAUGGUGUUUUGCUAAGUAUUGUGAAGUUAACGUACUUAGAUAUGAAUCAGGUCUUCUUAUUUAAGUGUAAAUGGUUCAACACCGACGAAUCAAGUAGGGACGAAAGGAGGAGAAUGAUACGAUAUGAUUAUAAUCUUACUAGCAUUAAUACAAGCAGUACCUGGUAUGAUGAUGAACCCUUUAUACUUACUACGGAAGCACAACAAGUAUUUUAUCUUGAUGAUUAUAAGUUGGGUUCUCACUGGAAAGUCGUACAAAAGGUGCAAUUGAGACAUGUGUGGGAUGUUCCAGAGGUUGAGGAUGCCAAUGAAGAGGUAGAUGAGGAUGGUGUUGAUCCUGUGGCAAAUGAUGUUUAUCAACAAGAUGAGUUUAAUGAUAUUCAGUGGUUUGUUCAAGAAGAGGGUCUUGAAACUCCUGAAUUGCAUUUGGACGAUAUUGAGCCGGAUGUUAUUGCUUCAAAUAUUGUGAACAAUGAAUGGAUGAACGAUGGUAGGAGCGAUAAUUUCAUAAGCAAUGAUAUUGAAGAAGAAGAAUAUGAUAUUGAAGACGGUGAUGAAGAAGAAAUCAUUUCAAGCGAUGAAGAUAGUGAUUAG